AUGUGCUUGCUCAGUUCACAGCUAUGUUGUGUGUUGCAGGCCAAGGAACUGAUGUCCAAAUGCUAUGAUGCUGGUGUCAAUUUCUUUGACAAUGCUGAGGAGUAUGAGGAUGGGAAGGCAGAACUGGUCAUGGGGCAGGCACUCAAGGAGCUUGGCUGGAAACGUUCAGACAUUGUGCUGAGCACCAAAAUCUUCUGGGGAGGUCAUGGUGUGAAUGGCAUUGGGCUUUCCAGGAAGCAUCUCAUCGAAGGAACAAAGGCAUCCCUCAAACGACUGCAGACGGACUAUGUUGAUGUGCUGUUCUGUCAUCGCCCCGAUCCUUCAACUCCCAUUGAGGAGACUGUGCGUGGAAUGAACUACCUUUUGGACAAGGGGUAUACAUUUUACUGGGGGACCUCUGAGUGGUCUGCAAGCCAGAUUAUGGAGGCAUGCGGCAUUGCCAAACGACUGCACUUGGUCCCCCCUAUUGUUGAGCAGCCUGAAUACAACAUGUUUACUCGGAAGCGAGUUGAAGAGGAAUACUCCUCAGUAUACGAAUCCUGUGGCAUUGGCCUGACCACAUACAGUCCCCUGGCCUGUGGGCUCCUCACUGGGAAGUACCUGCAAGGCGCACCACAGGACAGCAGGCUGGCGCUCGACGACUUCAAGGAUACCAUGCAAACCACAGAAUUUCGCCAACGUGCUCAAGUGGUGGAACGCCUGCGACCCAUUGCUGAUGAGCUUGGGUGCAGCCUGGCUCAGCUCGGUCUCGCAUGGUGUGCGUCGAACCCCCAUGUCAGCACUGUGAUAAUGGGCGCCAGCAAAGUUAGCCAGGUUGAGGACAACCUGAAGGCACUGGAGAUUAUUCCAAAGUUAUCAGAUGAUGGAGAGGAAGGUCGCAAGUGGAGGCGAAGAAUUGAGUCUGUGAUUGAGCCUUAG